AUGCCUUAUAAAAAGCUGCCUGUGCUGGAGGUAGACGGGAAACCGGUAGCGCAGGCUGACGCUGUGGCGCGAUACUUGGCGAGGAAGUACGAUCUAAUGGGAAGGAACGAAAGGGAUGCGUUGAUAUGCGACGUGCUCGUCGAUACUCUUGAAGAUUUGGAGCAAGAGGAGGUACAAAAUAAAUGUAUCCAAACCUUUUUUCAGACGACAUGGGCGGACUUCGUAUUUGCAGAGACCCUUGAAAAUUUCGAGUAUAUAUUUGGGGCAUCAGCUUUGGAUAAAUAUCCAGCUCUUCGAGCAUUGAAGAGAAGGAUUCAUAGAAUACCGGCUAUUUCUGAUUGGCUGAUUAGGCGCCCAUACACAAACAGCUAA